CCUCGGCUCGACUUCCGGCGGUGCGCGACAUGGCCGCAAGCCGGGACCGCGGGGACUUGGCUGCCCGGCAGCUCGUGUUCCUACUUCCAGAAUAUUUAAAAGAUGCCUCCAAGAAGACGAAGAGUGGCCUCCUGUUUGUAAGACUGGUCAGCCCGCGCACAGGGGAAGGAGCCAUUUACUUACUCGACAUGUGUCUGCAGCAGCUGUUUGAAAUAAAAGUUUUCAAGGAAAAGCACCAUUCUUGGUUUAUAAAUCAGUCAGUUCAAUCAGAGGGCCUUCUCCACUUUGCAACACCCAUGGAUCCUCUAUUUCUGCUCCUUCACUACCUCAUAAAGGCUGGCAAAGAGGGAAAGUAUCAGCCCUUGGAUCAGGUUGUAGUGGACGACAUGUUUCCAGAUUGCGUCUUGCUGCUGAGAUUUCCUGAGCUUGAGAAAUCACUUCGGCACGUGACAGAGGAAAAAGGAGGUCCUGAAGUAAACAACAAGAAGUACUGCAAGUAUAGCCCAGAGAAGACCUUGCAGUGGCUGGCAAAAAAGGUUAACCAAACUGUGGCAGCAUUGAAAGCCAAUAAUGUGAACGUUGGAGCCCGGGUACAGUCUGCAUAUUUCUCUGGGGAUCAGGUUUCCAGGGACAAGGAAGAAGAUUAUGUUCGAUAUGCCCAUGGGCUGAUCUCUGAUUACAUCCCUAAAGAAUUAAGUGAUGAUUUAUCUAAGUUCUUGAAGCUUCCAGAACCUCCAGCCUCAUUGCCACACCCUCCAUCCAAGAAACUAAAGUUAUCAGACGAGCCUGUAGAAGCAAAAGAAGAUUACACUAAGUUUAACACUAAAGACUUGAAGACCGGCAAGAAAAAUAGCAAAAUGACUGCAGCUCAGAAGGCUUUGGCUAAAGUUGACAAGAGUGGAAUGAAAAGUAUCGAUGCUUUUUUUGGUGCAAAAAAUAAAAAAACUGGAAAGAUUUGAAGCGUUGAAAAUAAAAAAUCCAAUGAAGCUGAAAAAGACGCUUGCCUCUUGCUUGUCCUGUCUUCCCUCCUCUUGCUCCUGCCAGCCCCACCCUAAGUCACUACGCUGAAAACGGACAGGUGCUUUUCACAUGUUGCCAGUACUUGCUGGAGUUUGACUGCUGUAUUAACCAACUCUGGGAAAGUA